AUGGCAGGCAGGACCCUGUACCGACUGAACGGUGUUGCGCAUAUUGCCGGUUCUAUUGGGGACGAGCCCACUAGGUGUAUAUACAGUGUGAGACGACAACAGAAUAUGCCCUUACAUGAUAGGAUCAUCCCGUAUUUAGAGAGGGCUGGAUUGUACCAUUUGGCCAGGCUAAACAGCGAAUGGUUCUGGUUGGAUGAGCCACUGGUUAGUGCGUUCGUUGAGAGGUGGCGUCCUGAGACGCAUACGUUCCACCUGCCUUUCAGAGAAUGCACAGUGACAUUGCAGGACGUGGCAUUUCAGCUAGGGCUGCCUGUGGAUGGGGAGGCUGUGAGUGGUUGCCUUGGUGAGUUUGAGACAUACAUGGAGGGUGGCCGACCAGCUUGGAAGUGGUUUACGGUGCUACCAGCAGAUGCGAGCGAGGAGACUGUCUGCAUCUACGCACGGGCCUACAUCAUGAUGCUGUUAUCGACUCAGUUAUUUGGGGACAAGAGUGCGAACCGGGUACAUAUACGGUGGUUGCCAUUUGUGGCAAACCUUGAUGACAUGGGGAGGUGGUCUGCCUACUUACCUCCUAACGAUGGAAAGGAGCAGAGAGUCAUAAGGUAUCGGCUUGCAUUGGAUCGAUUGACCGCUCGUGAUCUAAGUUUUAUAGCAGUUAGAGUUUCAUUUUUGAUUGUAUGGGAGCCCUACUCCGCACUUGAUGUACUUGCCGUUGUCCAUCCAGAGAUACUUACAGAGGAGCAUAGUCGCCUAUGGCGAGCGGUGACCAGUUUGAUAUACUUUGCGGUCAUCGAGUGGCAUCAGGUUGACAGGGUUGUUCCACAGCUGGGUGGAGUACAGCAUAUCCCCGAGGACGGUUUGAACGUAGACUGGCUGUAUGCUAAGGACGGGAGGGGAGGGGACAGGUGGUUCCCCCAUUACUAUCAGGUCUGGCAUUUGCACUGGGGGAACCGACUUGAUGCAGUCAUUUCCAUUGAUCGAGUGGCAGAUCCUGGCCCAUCUGCUAAUUACCUAGAUUGGUGGUUCCGCGAGGCUCAGCAGUUCCUUAGUCCGGGGGCUGCAUUCGCGGAUCCCAGAGGCACCCAGAUACCUCCAGAGGCGUUUCAGAGAGGAUCCUCCCAGGUCCCACGCAGAUCACAGUUACCUGAUAUGCCGGAUAACCGUCGUGUGGAGAGACGCCGUCGUGUUGGCACUAGGGACACCGGGAGAGAGUGGUGA